CUCUCUCUUACUUUAAGCGUCUAUAUAAACCCACCCGUAGACGCCAAACAUCUUCACACCGCGUAUUUCUCAUUUCUAAUUCAUCUUUCUCUCUCCUCCUUUUUUUUUAACUGUCAUCGAAAAAAAGCAGAAGAUCCUCUCAGAUUCCACCCCCUUUUUUUCUCUCUCUUAAAUUCGCGACUCUCGAAAAGAUGAAGGUGCAGAAAUCCACAUCAAAGUGUGGUGAUUGUACUAAUUGCAGAACUAUCUUCAUCGACGAAAACAACAACAACAUGCUUCUUCAUCAUCAUCAUCAAUGGCGUCUCCUUUCUUCAGAAGAUAGUAAUAAUAAUACUAAUAAUAAUAAUGUUGAUGAUGAUUUAGAAGCGCAGUUCUUCGUUCCGCCAUUGAACUUCUCAAUGGUUGAUAAUGGCGUCUUUCGGUCUGGAUUUCCUGAACCUGCUAACUUUUCUUUCCUUCAAUCUUUAGGCCUUCGUUCAAUUAUUUAUUUGUGCCCGGAGCCAUAUCCAGAAGCUAAUCUAGAGUUCAUCAAGACUAAUGGAAUUAAGCUUUAUCAGUUCGGAAUUGAAGGACACAAGAUGGCAACUAAAAAUAAGCUGUCUGAAGUUGGAUGCUUUACAGAAUCCAACAACUCAAAGAAUAUGCUGAUUCAAUUGGUAGUUUUGAGCUUAGCCAUUGAGUAUAAUGCGACUUCACAGACCUUGGCGAACCCAUCUCUUAUUAUGGAGCCGUUCGUUAACAUCCCAGAUGAUACAAUACGUGAAGCACUGAAAGUUCUGCUUGAUGCAAGGAAUCAUCCAGUUUUAAUUCAUUGCAAAAGAGGAAAGCAUCGAACUGGAUGCCUGGUGGGAUGUUUGAGGAAAUUGCAAAAGUGGUGUUUGUCAUCCAUCUUCGAUGAAUAUCAGCGAUUUGCAGCUGCCAAAGCCAGAGUCUCAGAUCAAAGAUUUAUUGAGUUGUUCGACACGAGUAGCUUCAAGCAUCUACCAAUAUCCUUAUCUGGUUCAAAUAGGUGACAACCAAGUUAUGGUACUCACUACUACAAUAGAAUAAUUUGGAAAGGUAUGAGCUCAUUGAGUACAUUUCUUUUACGAAAGGAAUAUUUGAGUUCGAAGAUACCCUCUCCAACCAAAACUAGAAAUUACUCGGUCAGGAAACAUCAAAGGCAUAUUGCAUUUGGUUCCAAUAAUUACGUGUCUUCUUCAGUUCGCCCUAGUUCAUUAGCUACCAUGUGUUCAUUUUUCUUCAAUUGUAGUUAGAUUUUACGUGUUCUAUGAUCCCACUUGUUUUGUUUAGCUCAGUUUGGUAGUACACUUCUCAGUACUGAAAGACAACAGUUAACUCUACCAGGAUGAAAGCUCAUUACCUUUUCCAUGUUCAAUUGUUUCUGCCGAUAAUUGUAAUGAUGAGAAAGGCAGCCAACCAUCACCUCCAUUACUAAGUUACUAACUGCCCCUCUUUGGCAAUUUCGACGUAGGAAAAUAUCAUAAGGUAUAUUUUGAAUGUACUUGGAGAGACGUUGUAGGGGAAACCUAAUCGAAAUGUGAUUCAUACAAUAGCCAUGAAUUGAAGGGGUUAUGAAAAUCCCCUUCCUAGAUUUGUAGUCAGAUUAUGUGAAAAUUUGUACCAUUGUAAUGGAAUUUCGCAACUGUUCAUGAUGUUACUCUAUAUGAUAGUAUAUGACAUGUAUUGGUCUUCCAGUCUUAAAGGAUACAGUUUUAUGCUA